AUAAUCAAGCUUUCUGAUAAUGGAACGUAAGACUUAUCUGCAUGCUUGCUUUCUUCCAAAUACUAACUUUCACUCUUUGCUAUAAUUUCUAAAAUGAAUGCUACUUUAGUGGCUUUAAUUUUGAUGUUUAGCAUUUGUUUGGUGGUUGGCACGAAAAACAAUAUGUGCAAGGUGCAAUAUGUGAAAGAAAAUCCCAGAGUGAUUUGCGAAAAUGUGGUUAGCUUACGUGCUAUUAGAAGUUACUUAGUUCUUAAUUUGAAAUCAAAGCCAGUUGCUCAACUGCUUUUCUAUUGCAUAAUGACAAAGAAGCUAAGUUUAUCUCGAAAAAUAUUUUUUGAUCUCAAGAUAUCUGAAAUAAGUAUGAGUUGCCCCUUUGAAAGUAUAAGAGACAACGCCUUAACCCAUACUAGAUCACUGACUAAACUACAUCUUUAUCAAACAGAAUUUUGUAGAAUACCAAAUGCCAUUAGUAGAAUCAAGAGUUUAACAACACUUGAGAUUGUGGACGGUAGAUUAAUUGAGAUUACAACUGAACUUCAAUAUAUGCCUGGGCUUGCAAACCUCUCACUGGCUCAGAACAGAAUAAGCUCACUAUUAGGCAAUGCUUUCUUGGGUGAUGUGAAACUCCAAUCAAUUAUUCUUACGAGCAAUAAGUUGAGUAGGUUAGAUAAUAAAACAUUUGAUCCGUGCCCAAGUUUACGAUUGGUUAGAUUGGACAAGAACAAUCUCAUAACAGUUGAUGGUCUAUUUCAAAAUCCAAGUUUGAUGAAUAUAGAUUUAGGUUGUAACCUAUUGAAAACAAUACCUGAAGAUCUUUUCUACAAUUUGGAAAAUGUCACUAGUGUUAAUCUGAAAAGAAAUUAUAUAAGGAAUGUUACAAAAUGGUUUUCUGGAAGUAAUCGCUUAGAACAUAUCGAUUUAAGUAUCAACUUAAUCGAAUCUUGCGAUUAUGCAUUUCAAUCGAUGCAAUCGUUGAAGACUAUUAAUUUACAUGAUAACCGUCUUAGUAAAAUAACAAAGAAUUGCUUUUCGUCGAUUCCAUCGGUGGUAGAAUUGAUACUCAGUCAGAAUUUUAUUUCCCAAAUCGAUUCCAAAGCUUUGUCUCAGCUAGACCGGUUACAAAGCUUUGAUGUGUCUCUUAAUGGACUAAAAAUAUUGUCAAGGGAAUCAUUUCCUGAAGUUUUAAAGAUUCAAGAAUUAUUUGCAUAUGGUAAGUAA